CACACGUUCAUCAGAAGUCAAGCCAGGCAGCUGGGUGAUGUCAUAUCCGCGAAGUGUCCCUGAACGCAGCAGCAGCAGCAGCAGCAGCAGCGCGGAUGGUCACCGCAUGAAUUCCCCGCAACAAACUUUUCCCUCCUUUCUCGCUGUGUGACGAUGUUUCUCACCGCUGCCUACCCGCCACGCGUGACGGGGACGAGUGGAUGGCUGUGCUCUCCUCCUCCUCCUCCUCCUCUCCUCCAGGCAGAUUUUCACUAGUGCGUAGUGGACGUGGUGCUGGUGUUGUGAGCCGAGGGGAACAAACUUGCGUGAAUUCUACUUUUUUCCCAAACCUUUUUUUCCCUUCUUGCUCCUGUCGCGGCUGAUCGUGGACGUGGGAGGCAUGGACACAGGCGGCAGGAUGUGGUCGCUGUCCGCGGUGCUGAACCCGCUGCUGUUUCUGCUGCUGUUCGGUUACUGCCCUACUGUGACCAUCAGGCCAAAGGAGGGAUGGCAGGUGUACAGCUCCGCUCAGGAUGCAGAUGGCCGCUGUGUCUGCACUGUGGUGGCACCUGAACAGAAUCUGUGCUCCAGAGACGCCAAAGGCAGACAGCUGCGCCAACUCCUGGAGAAGGUGCAGAACAUGUCGCAGUCAAUCGAGGUGCUGAACCUGCGGACACAGAGGGACUUUCAGUACAUCAUGAGGAUGGAGAGCCAGAUCAAAGGCCUGCGCUCAAAGUUCCGGCAGAUCGAAUCGGACAGGAAGACGCUCGUCAACAAAAACUUUCAGGAGUUAAAGGGGAAGAUGGAGUCGCUGCAGCCACUGAUCCCUGUCCUGGAACAAUACAAGACAGACACCAAGCUGAUUGCACAGUUCAAAGAGGAGAUCAGAAACCUGUCUGGUGUGCUGAUGAGCAUCCAGGAGGAGAUGGGAGCGUUUGACUAUGAGGAGCUGCAACAGAGGGUCCUCAGCCUGGAGAACCGGCUCCGCAACUGUAUGAACAAACUCACAUGUGGCAAGUUAAUGAAGAUCACUGGGCCAACAACAGUGAAAACAUCAGGGACCAGAUUCGGAGCCUGGAUGACAGAUCCACAGGCAUCUCUCAAAAACAACCGGGUCUGGUACAUGGACAGCUACACCAACAACAAGAUCGUAAAAGAGUUCAAAUCCAUGGCUGACUUUGUGGCAGGAGUGGAGUCGAGAACAUACAACCUGCCUUUCAAGUGGGCUGGGACCAACCACGUGGUGUACAACGGCUCUCUGUACUACAACAAGAUGCAGAGCAACAUCGUGGUGAGGUACAGCUUUGAGACGGGCCGCGUGGUCACGCAGAGAGCGCUGGAGUCGGCAGGAUUCCACAACGUUUAUCCCUACACGUGGGGAGGCUUCUCAGACAUCGACCUGAUGGCGGACGAGCUGGGCCUGUGGGCCGUGUACGCCACCAACCAGAACGCUGGGAACAUUGUCAUCAGCCAGCUGAACCCUGACACGCUCCAAGUCCUUAACACCUGGAACACAGAGUACUCAAAGAGGAACGCCGGCGAGUCUUUUAUGAUCUGCGGGACACUCUACAUCACUAACUCCCACCUGACUGGCGCCAAGGUGUACUACGCGUACUCCACUAAAACCUCCUCUUAUGAGUACACAGACAUCCCCUUUCAUAACCAGUACUUCCACAUGUCUAUGUUGGACUACAAUGCCAGGGACCGCAGCCUCUACGGCUGGAACAACGGACACCAGGUCCUUUUCAACGUCACACUUUUCCACAUCAUUAAAACUGACGAUGACUCUUAAGAGGCGGGACACUAGAGAGUGGAGAAAACAGCUAAAUUAAUCUGAAUAUAAAUCCAUGUUCAGAUGAAAUGAUCAGCUUUUUGGUGAAUUGUUCAUUUAUUCAUCAGUUUGUCGUCAUUUUAUACACAUUUCUUUGAUGCUUUGAUGCUUCGAUUGCUCACAUGAUAUGCUCACAUCAACAUAUGCAGGUAACACGUUGUGGAUGAAAUAAUGUCACUUAACAACGGUUCAGAAAUCCUGAAAUGCCAUUGAUUGUUUUCUCCUAAAAAAACAGAAGCUUUUGUGAAGUCAAGUUAUAUUUAAUUCAGCAUUGCAUAUAUUCAUGUCCUCUAAUUUGUUAUUUAUUCCCACCAUUUUGUUCACUAAUUGUUCAUUUCUUUUUCCUUCUGUUUCCAUGUGCACUUCAUCAGCUGCUAAUUUAUUCCUGCCUUUCUAUACCACCACUUUGCUUUCAAUUUCUCUUUGCACUUCCCUUUCUUCUGUCCUCUUGACCUUGUACAUGACAUGAGAAAUCAGUUGAACCAUAAUGAACCCGUGUCGUGAUUGUACUUGGCUUUUUUCGUGCAAGGUCAUGGAAUAUCUGAAAGUACAGAGUCCAAACCCGCUUUCCUUUCACUUAGUACUUUGAGAUAUUAGCUUUUUUGUAACUUAAGCAACAGUUUGUAUGCCUUAUUCAGUGCAGUAUGUACUUUAAGACCAAGGAAAAGAGCUCUUGUGCAUGAAUGUUGGCAUUUUUACAGUCAGUGUACAUGUGUGUAUUCUGUAUUUGCACAACAUCCCACUCUCCUCCUCUCCAGCUAUGGUAAAGAUCCAUUUCUACAGUCAGCAGGUUAUAGAUCACUUUAAUAAACAUCUGUUUGUGUAAAUAAGAAGUAAUACAUAACCAAAAUAAAAGCAUUGUUUUCAUUAAA